AUGAACGGCAAUACAAGCCCACAGGGAGCUGUCAGGCCAACUCUGCUCUAUCACAAGAAAGAUGUUGAUCAUUAUGAAAAUUCUAGAAAUGUGGGGUUCAUCCACAAAACAAAUGAAAAUGGUGGAACUGGAUUUGUGGGGCCUUUGACUUGUGGUGAUGUCAUGAAAUUACAGAUCCAAGUGGAUGUCAAGGAGAAGAUGGUGUACACCCAUUUUCAAACAUCUGGCUGUGGUUCUGUGAUCAAGUCCAACUUGUUAGCCACUGAGUGGGUGAAAAGGAAAACAGUUGAGGAAGUCUUGGCCAUCAAAAACACAGGCAUCGCCAAGGAGCUCUGUCUGUUCCCGGUGAAGUUGCACUGCUCCCUGCUGGCUGAGGGUGCCAUCAAGACCUCCCUGGCUGAUUACAAACUGAAACAAGAGCCCAAGAAGGGCAAGGCACAGAAGAAAUGA